AUGCUCCAGAGCUACAUUUUCUAUAUUUUGUAUCUACUGCAUAUCACGGAUGCAAUAGUUUCAGGUCUCGAGACUUUCCGAGAGGAAUCCGAGAUCGUUUUCCCAGCCGUUUUGCAGACCGGCCUGGGGGCCGGACCCGAGCCCGGCUCCACAUCCCGGGAAGUCCGCUCCAUCUCCAAUGUAGACGAGUACGAGUCCCAGGAGUUUUACCCGCGGGAGCUGCAACCUCCUGGCCCGCCCGCUGUCGGCCGCGGCAGCCCAGCCGCUUCAUCGCCCCUGUCCUCCUCUCCCCCGACCCUGCAGCUGAAGAUCCCGGCGUUUGGCAGAGAGCUUUACCUGAGCCUGAGGCGGGACAGCCGCUUCCUCUCCGGCAGCUUCACGGUGCACAACCGGCGGGGCCGCCACCACACCUCGGUGCAUUUGUAUCGAGCCGAGCACGCUUGCUACUACAGCGGCUACGUGCACAACUCUCGGGGCUCGCUCGCCUCCUUCAGCACCUGCGGGGGACUGAUGGGAUUUAUUCAGAUUAAUGAAGAAUUUAUAUUUAUUGAACCUCUGAAUCACACCCUGGCUGUAACAGGAUAUGCUCAUCGCGUAUACAGAAGGAAAAGGUCAAUGGAUGAAAAAUCAGCAGAAAAACAGGCAUCGCAACCAUUGUGUGGAGUUUAUACAGAUAAAAGAAAAUCAAAAAAUAGAAAACAAAUGGACAGAGGAAGAGGAAGAAGAUACACAUAUAAAUUAUCUCAUGACUAUAAUGUGGAGACUCUUGUCGUUGCUGAUACAGCAAUGGUCAACUAUCAUGGAGCUGAUGCUGUCAGGAGGUUCAUACUGACCGUCAUGAAUAUGGUUUUCAAUCUGUUCCAGCACAAAAGUCUUGGCAUACAAAUGAACCUACGAGUGACAAAACUUGUUCUGCUUCAUGAAACACCGGAAGACCUUUAUAUAGGUCACCAUGGGGAAAAGAUGCUGGAAAGUUUUUGUAAAUGGCAGCAUGAAGAAUUUGGGAGGAAGAAUUAUUUCCAUAGUGAUAUGUCUCGUAGUUGGAGGGAAGAUUUGCCUGCUGUUGAUGCAGCCAUCCUGAUAACAAGGAAGGACUUUUGUGUACAGAAAGAUGAGCCCUGUGACACUGUUGGUAUAGCAUAUCUUAGUGGGAUGUGCAGUGAAAAAAAGAAGUGUGUUCUUGCUGAGGAUAAUGGACUGAAUCUAGCCUUUACAAUUGCUCAUGAGAUGGGUCACAAUAUGGGAAUGAAUCAUGACAAUGAUCAUCCAUCCUGUGCAGAUCGCCUCCAUAUCAUGUCUGGGGAAUGGAUCAAAGGGCAAAAUUUGGGGGAUGUAUCCUGGUCCCAGUGCAGCAGAGACGAUCUGGAAAGAUUUCUCAGGUCAAAGGUCAGUAAUUGUUUACUGCACACAGAUCCUCAAAGCCUCAAUUCAGUGAUGUUGUCUUCCAAGUUGCCAGGAAUGAUCUACACAGCAGAUGAGCAAUGUCAGAUUCUGUUUGGUCCUACAGCUUCAUUCUGCAAGGAGAUGCAGCAUGUCAUAUGUACUGGACUAUGGUGUAAAGUAGAUGGUGAGCAGGAGUGCAAAACCAAACUAGACCCACCACUAGAUGGAACUGAGUGUGAAACUGAAAAGUGGUGUAAGGUUGGUGAAUGUGUCAGUAAAACACCUCUUCCUGACCAGAUAGAUGGAGAAUGGAGCAUAUGGAGUACUUGUAGUAGAACAUGUAAUGUAGGAGUACAUUUCCGCCAGCGCAAAUGUGAUAAUGCGGGUCCUGAAGAAAAGAAUUGUCAGGGUUCCCGUGUACAGUAUAGGAUUUGCAAGAACCCUCCUUGUCCUGCAGGAGUGCCAAGUUUUCGAGACCUGCAGUGCCAAUCAUUCAACAGGCUAUCAUAUCAAAAGCAUUCCUUGCAGUGGUAUGCCAUCACUGAUGCAGAAAAGCCCUGUGUACUGUUUUGUUCUCCUCUGGGGAAAGAUCAACCUAUUCUGAUCUCAGAGAAAGUGCUUGAUGGAACGCCAUGUGGUCCACACGAAGCAGACAUCUGUGCUAAUGGCACAUGCCAGAAAAUUGGUUGUGAUGGCAUAUUAGGUUCCUUAGCCAGGGAAGACCAUUGUGGUGUGUGCAAUGGGAAUGGAAGAUCAUGUAAAGUCAUAAAAGGAGACUUUAAUCACACCAGAGGAGCAGGCUAUGUGGAAGCUCUGGUUAUACCUGCAGGAGCAAGGAGGAUUAGAGUUGUUGAAGAAAAACCAGCGCACAGUUACCUUGCUCUCCGAGAUGCCAGCAAACAUUCCAUUAAUAGUGACUGGAAGAUCGAACAUCCAGGAGCAUUUAACAUUGCUGGAACUACAGUCCAUUAUGUGAGGAGAGGAUUCUGGGAAAAGAUUUCGGCUAAAGGUCCAACCACAUCUCCUCUGCAUUUACUGGUGCUCCUCUUUAAUGACCAGAAUUACGGCAUUCACUAUGAGUACACAAUUCCAAUCGAGCCAGGUCCAGGAAACCACAGUACAAAGGCCAAUGUGCCACUCUUCAUGUGGACUCACUCUGGUUGGGAGGAUUGCGGUGCCAUGUGUGGUGGAGGAGAAAGAAAAACACUUGUGACUUGUACGAAAAUCAUGAGCAAAACUACAACUAUUGUAGACAAUAGAAAAUGCAAACAACUGAAAAAACCUGAAUCAUUAGUCCGCAAAUGCAAUCAACAGCCAUGUCAGACCAGGUGGAUGAUGACAGAAUGGACACCAUGCUCACGGACAUGUGGUAAAGGAAGUCAAGGCAGACAAGUGGCCUGUACCCAGCAGCUCCAAAAUGGAACAUUCAUUCGAGCUCGGGAAAGAGACUGCCCUGGGCCAAAACCUGCCUCUCUACAGCGCUGUGAAGGUCAGGACUGCCUGACAGUAUGGGAGGCUGGAAUAUGGUCAGAGUGUUCAGUGAAAUGUGGCAAGGGGGCUCGGCAUCGAACUAUAAAGUGCACCAAUCCACGCAAGAAAUGCGAUUUAUCAACGCGCCCAAAGGAGGCAGAAGAUUGUGAAGAUUAUUCAAAAUGCUACGUCUGGAGAACAGGAGACUGGUCUAAGUGUUCUGUUACCUGCGGGAAAGGGAUGCAGUCACGAGUAAUCCAGUGUAUGCACAAAGUGACGGGAAGACAUGGAAAUGAUUGUUUCCUAUCAGAAAAGCCUGCAGCCUAUAGGCCUUGUCACUUAAAACCCUGCAAUGAAAAAGUCAAUGUGAACACUAUCACUUCACCCAGACUAGCUGCUUUGACGUUCAAAUGUUUGAAGGACCAGUGGCAAGUGUAUUGCAAAAUAAUACGAGAGACUAACCUCUGUCAGGACAUGAGGUGGUAUCAACGCUGCUGUGAGACCUGUAGAGACUUCUAUGCACAAAAGCUACAGCAUAAGAGUUGACAUCUUCUUUCACAUCAGCACCAAACUUAUUUUUAUAAGUACAAUCUAAU